UAUCCACACACACUGUUGCAUCAUACUCACACAUUCAUUAGCUGGGACUGGGGAGUGUGUAUUUUUCCAACCGAUCCUCAGUGUCAGCUGUCAGAUGCACAAACCUUCGCUUCCUUUCUGCAUCUACUGCACUGGAACAACAGAAGCUCCUUGCAAGAACAGUGCCCAGAGAGCGUUCCUGACAGAUGCGCCGUUUGCUCUAGCAAGGCGCUCUGCUGGAAAGUUUCCUCUAACCACUAACACCCGCCUCCGCUCCCCGGAGCGGGCAGGACGCAGGCUGCCUGGAUCCCCUCUUGACGGUGGAAGGGUUUUACACACACUCUGCUAGGCUGCCCCAUCCGAGAAUCUAUCUGGCAGCCAAACUCCUCCAACCCCAGCGGACAGACUGUCCAAGGCAAUCUGGCCCUUCGAGAAAACCGAGGUCCCCUCCCCGCUAAAGGGAGCACGCGCCCCGCUCUGCAGGGAACCUGCGCACUGGAGAUAGAGGGCAAGCCCGGGGAGCGGGUGCGCAGGAGGGAGCCAAAUGCAGAGGCAGAAGGGGCGCAGGAGUGAGCGGAGCGCAGGAGAGAGUGGGAGCCGAAAGUGGGGGCGGGGACGCGGCUGGGAGCCGGGCGCAGCGCUGGGCCAGGGAGAACAGGGCGCUGCAACUAGCGGGCUCAGGAAGAAGCGCGCGCGCAGGAACCGCGGGCGCCGGAAAGGCGCUAGCUAGGCGAUCCGUCCCGGACUCCUCAAGCCGCUGAACUGCCAGUGGGAGGGGGUGCGGGGAGUUGGGGGGGGGGGAAACUAGAUAGGGGCGUGCCUUUGCCCGGAUUGGCUGCACGAGCCUGACGCGAGGCCCCGGGGGUUGGCUUGGGGGAGUGCGAGCGGGGUGGGCUGGGUGCUGGGUGCCGGGUCUGCGGGCUCCGCGCGCACAGAAACAUGCUGAGGUCCCGGUGGCUGUUCCAGCAGCAGCGGCGGCAGUGGCGGCGGCGACAGCGUUCGGCUCUGGCGAGGAAGGCGCCCGAAGCCCAUGCCUCCGGCCCCGCGCCGCGGCUGCCCUGACCUGGCCGCGACCUCCCUCUGGGCGCCCUGCCGCCCCGGCCUCUGGGGUGUUCCCUAACCACGGCCCAGCCCCGCCACACCCCCCGCCCCCGGCCUCCGCAGCUCGGCAUGGGCGCGGGGGCGCUCGCCCUGGGCGCCUCCGAGCCCUGCAACCUGUCGUCAGCCACGCCGCUCCCCGACGGCGCGGCCACGGCGGCGCGACUGCUGGUGCCCGCGUCGCCGCCCGCCUCGCUGCAGACCCCAGCCAGCGAGGGCCUUGCGCCGCUGUCGCAGCAGUGGACGGCGGGUAUGGGCCUGCUGAUGGCGCUCAUCGUGCUGCUCAUCGUGGCGGGCAACGUGCUGGUGAUCGUGGCCAUCGCCAAGACGCCGCGGCUGCAGACGCUCACCAACCUCUUCAUCAUGUCCCUGGCCAGCGCCGACCUGGUCAUGGGGCUCCUGGUGGUGCCGUUCGGAGCCACCAUCGUGGUGUGGGGCCGCUGGAAGUACGGCCUCUUCUUCUGCGAGCUCUGGACCUCGGUGGACGUGCUGUGCGUGACGGCCAGCAUCGAGACCCUGUGUGUCAUCGCCCUGGACCGCUACCUCGCCAUCACGUCACCCUUCCGCUACCAGAGCCUGCUGACCCGCGCGCGGGCGCGGGCCCUCGUGUGCACCGUGUGGGCCAUCUCGGCCCUGGUGUCCUUCCUGCCCAUCCUCAUGCAUUGGUGGCGGGCAGAGAGCGAAGAGGCGCUCCGCUGCUACAACGACCCCCAGUGCUGCGAUUUCGUCACCAACCGGGCCUACGCCAUCACCUCGUCCGUGGUCUCCUUCUACGUGCCCCUGUGCAUCAUGGCUUUCGUGUACCUGCGCGUGUUCCGCGAGGCCCAGAAGCAGGUGAAGAAGAUCGACAGCUGCGAGCGCCGCUUCCUUAGCGGCCCCGCGCGGCCGCCCUCGCCCGCGCCCUCGCCCUCACCCUCGCCGGGGCCCCCGCGCGCCGCCUCCCCGCUGGCCAACGGGCGCGCCGGCAAGCGGCGGCCCUCGCGCCUCGUGGCCCUGCGCGAGCAGAAAGCGCUCAAGACGCUGGGCAUCAUCAUGGGCGUGUUCACGCUCUGCUGGCUGCCCUUCUUCCUGGCCAACGUGGUGAAGGCCUUCCACCGCGACCUGGUCCCCGACCGCCUCUUCGUCUUCUUCAACUGGCUGGGCUACGCCAACUCGGCCUUCAACCCCAUCAUCUACUGCCGCAGCCCCGACUUCCGCAAGGCCUUCCAGCGCCUGCUGUGCUGCGCGCGCCGGGCCGCCUGCGGGGGCCACGCGGCUGCCGCUGACCGGCCGCGCGCCUCGGGCUGCCUGGCCGUAGCCGGGCCGCCGCCGUCGCCCGGGGCCGACGACGAGGACGACGACGACGACGUCGGGGCCGCGCCGCCCGCGCGCCUGCUGGAGCCCUGGGCCGGCUGCAACGGCGGGGCGGCGGCGGACAGCGACUCGAGCCUGGACGAGCCGAGCCGCCCGGGCUGCGCCUCGGACUCCAAGGUGUAGGGCCCGGCGGCGCCUCCCCAGCUCCCCCAGCCGGGACGCGGGCUCUGGCCCCCGGGAGCAGGAAAGCCCGGGCGCCCCUGAGCGGCUUCCCAGGGGAAAGAGAUCUGUGUUUACUCAAGACCCAAAGCAGGUGAACUCAAAGCCCACAAACCUCGUCUGAAGCAUCCAAGACAAACAGAAGAGCCACGGACCGUUGCCUGGAAAGGAAAGUUUGGGGAGGGGUGGGAGAGUGGCUUGCCGGUUUUUCUUGGGUUCUUUUUUCUGUUUGUGGUUCGGUCUUCUUUUGUGUGUGCGUGUGAUGCAUCUUUAGAUUUUUUUUUUUUUUCCAGGUGGUUGUUGACACUUUCUGCGGGCACCGGGUAGGGGAAGGCAGAAGCAUUAGGGCUUAAAAGUCUAUCCACUUGGCUUCCAUCCCAUUCCCGGAACAGGAGCAGUCAGCCGGAGAGAGAAGGGGGAAAUGACAAUUGGUCAGGACGUGUUUCCUUUUGCUUUCAAGAAAAAUUUCAUUUUAAUUCCUGAGUAAUGAUUUCUCCUGUUCUUAAAAUAAAGGGAAAGGAGGGAUGCAGAAAUCACGUUUCAAGAAAUUUUAAGCUAUUCUUGGAACAAGCCUCACCUUGCUUUCCUUUUGUAGGACAAGCCUGCUGUCCCCGCGCGCCUCGGAGGUCAGGCCAAGGGGUGUCUACCUCACACUGUGCACAUUGCACAGCACGAUAGAAAGACUUGUUUAUAUUAAACAGCUUAUUUAUGUAUCAAUAUUAGUCGGAAGGACCAGGCGCUGAGCCUCUGUGACAUGUGACUCUGUCCAUUGAAGACAGGACAGCAAAAGGAAAAAAAAGCGGAAACAGUUCAGAUUACUGCACACGUUGGUAAAAACAAAAAACAACAAAAAAAGGAGUGGUUCAAAAUGCCAUUUUUGCACAGUGUUAGGAAUUGUAAAGUCCACAGAAGAUGUUACUUGCACAAAAAGAAAUUAAAUAUUUUUUAACGGGGGGAGGGAGCGGGGGCGGAUCUUAAAAACUAAAAUAAAAUUCAAACUAUACUUCUGUUGUCUAUUAUGUUAUUGAGCUAAUGAUUUAUUGGAAAAAUAGAUUUUUAUACUCUUAUCAUGGUACUGUAACUGUAUCCAUAUUAUAAAUAUAAUUAUCUUAAGAAUUUUUUUAUUAUUUUUUUAUGUCCCAGUGCCCAUGUGAAUCUGCUGGUAAAACUUCACACUUGUGUGUAAAUUCUACUUCCUUUGUGUGUUUUGCCAAGUAUUUAUACUCUGGUGCAACUAACUACUGUGUGAGGAAUUGGUCCAUGUGCAAUAAAUA